GUUAACAAACGUGUUAAUGAUUAAAUAACAAUAACAGCAAUAAUGUUGUGUAAUAACUUAAUAAAAUUUAUAAACAAGACCUUUCAAAAUGUAUCUACAAGUCGAAUGAUUACAUCAAGUCUAAAUGUUCGUUCAAUUUCAACUCCAGUCACCCAAGAGUAUGUUGUCGAUGAUACAAUCGCUCUUAAAAAAUACUCCGAUGAUAUAAUCAAAACAGUCAAUAAAGCAGUAAAAAGGAACAAUCGUUUAUUUGCUGUCGUACAUAUAUGUGGAAAACAAUUCAAAGUAACUGAUAAUGACUUAGUACUUAUAGAUGGUUAUUGGCCACCAAACGUAGGCGAUCGCAUCAAGUUGCAAAAAGUGCUACUAGUUGGAGGCAUGGAUUUUACUCUGAUUGGUAGACCAGUUUUGAACCCAGAUACUGUAAACAUCACUGCAACAGUAGUUGACAAAGAUCUGUCUCAUACCAGAACAAAUUUUAAACGUAUUAAACGUAAACAAUACAUGAGAAUCAAUUUUAUCCGGAAAGAAAUUACCACCCUUAGAAUAAACUCAGUUAAUAUAACUCAAGAUAUUGAUGUAAAGAAAGAUGUUCAAGAAAUAGGAAGACGUAUAAUGUGAUCAUAAUUAAAUGCUUGUCAUACGAAUUGAUUGUAGUUAAUAUACAUAUAUAAUGCA